GAGCCAUCGGAGGAGUCCUGGCUGGGGUUGGCAGGUGAAGGACAUGAGUGAGGCUGUGGGCUUGAGCACCGCACUUCCCCUGUCUGCAUCGACAGGUCUGCCUCGUGGGGAGUGCCUUUCCGCUGUUGGUUUAGAGGAGGCACACCCGUGCGGGGGACUCAUGUGCCACAGUGAUAAAACAUUAUGGAACAACAAUGUCCAAUCACUGGGAUCGUGUGUAGAUAUUUAAAUAGGUCCAUGAAAGAGGUAUUUUGGACAAAAGAAUUAUUUGUUUUUAAUGUAAAUUAAAAAUAGGCCCAUGGUUGUGAUGAGAGGCUGGGGGACAAUUUUCACAGAUCUGCUAACGUUAGGAAGUGGUAAUAUUAUCUGAAGCAUUCUGUGUUCUGCCCAGUCUGUACAAAACAUACACAAAAUAGAAUAAUAGAAUCAUAGAAAGGUUUGGGUUGGAAGAGACCUUUAAGAUCAUCUAGUUCCAACCGCCUGCUAUAGGCAGGGGCACCUCCCAUAGACCAGGUUGCUCACAGCCUGGCCUUGGAUGCUUCCAGGGAGGGGGCAUUCACAUCCUCUCUGGAAAUAGGUGCACCUCAGAGGGUAAAAAUCUGGUUUUGCUUUCUGGGCAACUUGUUAUAUGUUACCGUUCAUGUGCACAGAGUUCUACUGUGCUGGCUAAAGAGCUUCUCUUUUCCGUAGAGUUGGAAGAGUUCUACUAGAGUGGCUAAUGAAACAAAACUUAAUUCCUUCCCAUCUUGCACUCCUGGCAAAAGAUGAGUGCUUAUAAAAUACACUGUAAGAUAGGCUUUCAAUUUGUUGUAAGCAGAAAGGAAAAAGCUUCAUUUUUCCAUAUACAAAUCACUUUCUAAUUAUCUAGCAACGUGUUCUUCCUAUGUAAUGAAUUUAAUUAUAAGAUCUGAGUAUUGAGUUGAACUGCUUGGAAUUAUCAGAAAAUCAAAGUCACUGGCAUUUCUUCUCAGGCUCCUGUACUCGAGGUUUGUCUCGAGCCACUACUGAGGACUUAAUUAUUGUUUCUUACAGUAUAAUAUGCUUUAAUACUGAGCAUUAAGAUGUACGGAUGAGUAUCUCCUCUGUCUUCCACAGUCCUCAGCUUCAGACUGACUAAUGUGUUUUUGAUCAGAUUCACCCGAUGCCCCGUGGUUUUAGCUUUUUAUUUAUCAUUUUCUAUUUCUCUCCACUGUUUCUGUUGGAAUGUUCUUGCAGACUGAGCAAAGGUUGCCCCUUUGUGAAGAAGCCCAUCCUUGGUCCCUGUCUGUGCAGUCUCUUGGUGGUCGGCUCCCCCCUCCUCCACCUCCCGUCCUGCUCUCACAGCUGGUUUGGAUUGCGUCCAUCCUUGCUUCUGCAUUUUGCAGGACAGACACUGAUGCAUCUUAAAAUCAGUCUUCUUUUGUAUUGUGAACAUCUCAGCCCUCUUUUAUUGCUGCUUUUUACAGUGCAGUAAUCUGUCAGUUCAUGCUGUAGUGUUUAUAUUUAUGAUAUCUCCGUAAGGUAGCUCUGUAUGACUUUAGCAUGUCCUGUAUGACCUUCUGUGACUUUACCUACCACAUUUUUCCUUGUGCUUUCCACCAGUUCCAGUAUGUAAGAUGCAGUGCGUACAACGCAUUUUAUUUUGGCCAUGCUUGAAUAGUAUUUUAUAAUCCUGCCUUAAAAACAGAGGCAUCUUUCUCCUUGUCCGUAUUCUUUCUUUACCUUCCUUUUUUUUUUGCUGCAGCCUUCGUUUCUUGCCAAGUGGUGAGAAACAGGUAGUGGAAUGGACAUGGCCAAAAGCUCCUCGCUGCGUUGUUUCAGGGGGCUAUCCUGAAACUGCUUUCUUGCUCCUGAGCGGGGCAGAGGCAGAGGUGCCCCUUGCAUUUCUGUGCUGUCUUACUGGAGCAGGCGAGCUGUGAGGCAGAAGGUGCCUGUCUGCUACUGCCUGAUAGGGAAAGGGAUGGCUGUAGGGUGGAGGGAGGAAGCUCAUCACCUUGAUGAGUAUCAGUGCUUUGUCCCUGUCUUUGGAACAUUUACACCAUGCUGAAUUACAGUACUGACCCUGCCUUUGCCCUAAAGCUUUUGAAAGCAUGAAAAACCUGCACCUUGGCUAGUGUUGCAGAUGGGAUUAUACACUCCAUUCGCAAGAGAGAAGCAGCAUUGUGUUUUGUUGCUAUAAGGUAGUGCUUUAACAAAACUUACACGACCUAACAAGGUUCGUGAUGGCGAGGUCGCCUGCUUGUGUGCUAACUGGAGGACAGGGUCAGACAAGGCUGCUGGGGGGGGGCCCCGCUGCUGUGUCAUGGGGUUGGAAGGGACCCCUUGGCCAACCAUUUAUAUCUAAGGGAUUAUAUGCACUGUCAGUCCUUUAUAUCACUCAAUACCAUAGCAAGCUAGCCAGCUAUUAGCAUAUAGGAAGUCUCUCCAUUUUUCGAGGAGCUCAGUGUUAGUCACUUACUGGUAUCUGUCACAGAUAAGGAGUCUCCACCUUGAGGAGUGACCUCAUGAGGUGUUCCUGUGCUGGGGACAGAUGCCAGCACACAGCUCACUGCCACACAAGCAGAGCUCCUCGGGGAUUUGAUGGGGAUUACAGGGGGUCACCGUGCUCCAUGUGGUCUGUGCCCGUAGCCCAAGAAGCUGAUGGACCUGUGAUAGAAUUUGUCAGACCAGGUCCCAGAUUUAAGGAAGCUCCCUGACCCCAAUAGCUGUUUGCUUUGUUCCCACUCAAUGUUGUUCAGUCCCUACCACUUAAGCAUACUUGCCACAAGUGGUCGGUUUCAGUUUCACCUGGUUUUCUGCUAUAUGUCUCUUGCAAAUAUAUUAAUUGCAAUGGAUCCUGAGGCAUGGUUUUUGUGUUAUGUUGCAGAGUAAUACCCCAAGGUCCCUCUUUUCUUUUCGUUUGAACAGUAGGUCUGGCUUCAUAUUCAGGAGCAUUUAUGGGAAACAAAGGAUCAUUUUCCUCUGGCUCGCUGUCAUCGGGAUCACCCCGGAUAUCCCCAUCCCAAUCUUCAGGGGAUACUCUUAGUGUCCUGUAAGCUGUGCAGUGUUGGAUGGGAGGAAGCCUACAUAAGCAUCAUCUCAACCUUUUCUUCCAAAUUUUUCCUUCUCUCCUUUUCCUCCUGUAAUCGUUUCUGCAGUUGUUCAGCUUUUAAAGACUCCAUAGCCUUAACAACUCCAUAGCCUUCCUGUCCUCUAUUUCUUCUCUAGGUCCUGUUUCUUUUUGCUUCUGUUCCCCUCUUCUCCAUAUGCAGCUUCUAACCAGGAACGUAGCAUCUUGCAGAGAACUCCUUUCCUUUUCCAUCUGUAGUGCAGCCCCUAGCUGCCUUUAGGAGCUCUUCAGUGACUUUCCAGUUAUGCCAGUUGUCAUGAGCCCACAGUGCUGAGGAGCUGGGGCUUGAGCUCACUCCGUGCCUCCUUAUAAGCAGAGAUACCACCUGCCAUCUUGCUAACUGCACCAUCUUGUUGUGGGGCGGAUCAUACACCUUACUCGUACAAGAGCAACAGCAAUGUGUUUCAUUGCUAUAAGGUAGUGAACUAAAAAAGCUCAUGCAACUUAGUAAGGUUUUUGUUGGCCAGGUCACCGGGUUGGAUACGGGAUAGAGAAUGGGCUCAACCCUAUAGCUGGGUUUUUAGUGCAGGUGGUUUCUUCAUUAGAUGAGAUUUUAAUGGCAAGAGGAUUUCCCUUGCACCAGGAAUAUGCGGUGUCUUGUCGAAAGAACGGAGCAGCAACAUUUUGGAGGAAACAAAAUCAUUGUGCUGGUAUUCCCUGUGGGGUUUCUGCAGGUGCCUGGGUUUUUUAUAUUGUGAACUUGUGGAAGAUGGUCUGGCAGCUGCCAGAUGUGUGGACAGUGCUUUUUAUUUCUCGAGUAGUCUUCUUGAAGUCCAUAGAAGGAGCCAGUGGUGUGAUCACACUGAGCCUUACCACUGUUAUCUUCUCAGCUGGUUGGUCUUCCUCGCCCAAAAGCAAACAAGAAGGAGCUGCAGUGCUUGCAUCCCAAUGCAUUAGUAUUUAGAAAAUCAGGUUAUCUAUACACAGAAAUGCAUUCUUUUCUAGUUUAUCCCGGAGUCAGGCCUACGUUCCAGCAGCCCUUGUUGGGCUGACCUGGUGCCCCACACCACAUGCACCUCACUGACUUAGCACCGCACUCUGGGGGCACAGCCGGUGCAGAGUCUCACACAGGUACAGCCCCAAAGCCCUUUGGGAUCUCCCAGGCUUUUCAGCUCUCAGCUUCUGCAGCAGAAAUGCCACCAGCUGGCUGCCUGUUGGCUUUUUUUGGCAAAUCUGUGAAUGGAAUGCUGCCAGGUACCCGCGUUAAACAGGAAGGGAAAGGAGUGGGAGAGAUGGGAACGAGGCAUCUGUGAGAAAUCUCCUGUGUCCCCUUCCUCUGCUGCUGUACUGUGUCAUCUUCGCUUCUGGCACGGCUUGUCAGUCCUAGGCAGGAAAAAAUCCAUCUUGUUUUCCAUAGAAGUGUUUUAUUUCCUUUAUCUCGUGGAAAAGAUAGUGAGUUCUGAAUGCUUAAAGGGCAGUUGCUUUUCUGAACUAUGAACUCUGCAUUUACACCAUUUUGAAGGCGAGAGAGAUAGAAACAAGCCUGUGUUUUGUGAGAGUCAAUCAUUUCAUCAAGGAAAGAAAAGAUUCUUGAAUGCAUCGACCACACCAGGAAGGCCUUUACAGAUAACCCAGGGUUUGAUAGCUGCAGGGUUUUGUUCUGAGCAGCGUAAUGUUGUGGCCUAACAGUUGCAUCUCAACAAAGCUUUUUCCUCUAUUCUCCCUGUUACUUUGCACACCAUUCUGAGAGCUGCUUUAGCACCUUCUUCCACUCAAAGCUGUUCAUACCUGCCGGGCUUUUUGAUAGCACAACUGCAUGCAGUUGGAUGUUGUGUUGAAGGACGUGGUUUAGUGAGAACCAUUGGUGAUGGGUGAAUGGUUGGACUGGAUGAUCCUGUGGGUCUUUUCCAACCUUUGUGAUUCUGUGGUUCUAUGAUUCAGUGGACAGUGCUGCCAGUGCAGCUGCAGCCAUGCAGCAUUAGCUCACUUCACUUCUCCACUAUGCUUACUGGAAAUAAGAGCAAGCACACAAAUAAAUAACAUGCAGUGACUUGCCUAAAGUUGUCUUGUGGAGAUUAAUUUUUGUCUGUUUUCCCAAGCACGAAUGGUCCUCCAAAACAUAUCAUUUACCCAUCUGAACACGGACUGUAGUUACAUGGCUUAACGGGGCUUUUUGAUUUUGGUUUUGUGUGCUCUGUUGUCCUUGUACUCAUCAGUAUUGCACGGUGUAGCUUUAUUUUUGUGUCUGUCACCCUCUUGUUCAUGAUCUUCCUCUAAUUUCUUGGCUUUUUGGUGAUCACUGCAUCUAGUCGCCCCCUGGACCCUCGGUAAUCUCUUCAUCUCCAAUCCUGCUAGCUGUGCUCUGAGCUCUUUGCUUAGUGCAGUGUUUCGUGUCUGCAGUAAAGUCUCACAUACUGCUAUAGGGCAGGCUUCAAGCUUUUACAUAUCAAGCUAAUAAGUGCAAAGAAAAUAAUUCAGAAUUACAGAGUCCUGUGCUUUGUUUCACUCUUGAGAUGUCCGCUGGCUGACCAAGUCGGUGUGGCUGCUGUGGGGUGCUGAGGGAGAUGAUGGCUCACGUGGCGGAGCAGCUUCACUUAAAACUCUUUGCAUUGCUACUCACUGUGUUUUUAGUGUUUGUUUCUUUGUUUCUUAAUAUGCAGUUAUGAAAUGUGACUCGUUUUAUGUUUGUUUGUGUAUAAAGAAAGAAUAAGCUGGAGCUCAGUGUUGAAGCUGCACAGUGCCCCUGAACUCUACUUUCAGUACUGGGUGCUGGUGGUGGUCACUCAAGACCAGUCUUCUCUGUACUUUGGACAUUGUUGGCUGUGGUCUCAGCAACCCUGUUACUAGAAAAUAACUUCACUGUGUAUUGCUGAUACAGCUCAGUGUUUGUGCAUGUCAGGGUUUCAGCCUUAUGACCAAGAUAGCUCAUGAAAAUAGGCUUCAGGGACCAGACCUUUAUUUUCUCCUGCGGAUUUAAGAAGUUGACUCAAGGAUGAGUACAGUCCGAGAUGAGAGGAGCUGCUUUAUUAAUGGAGAAGAUUAUUAAUGGCCUCAAGCUGUGCCAGGGAAGGUUCAGGCUGGACGUUAGGAAAUACUGCUUCUCUGAAAGGGUGGUCAGGCACUGGAAUGGGCUGCCCAGAGAGGUGGUGGAGUCACCGACCCUGGAGGUGUUCAAGGAACGUUUGGAUGUUGUGCUGAGGGACAUGGUUUGGCGGGAACCAUUGGUGGUGGGUGAAUGGUUGGACUGGGUGAUCCUGUGGGUCUUUUCCAACCUUGGUGAUUCUAUGAUUCUAUAAGAGUUUUGCAGUCCUUGUUACAGGUGGCACUCGAAUGAUGGGAUAUAAAAGCUGUGGCCCUUGGCACUUAGCUCCUGGCUCCUCCUUGCUGUCACAUCUCCUUAGCUUCCCACGCUGCUUGUUGCUGGCUUGCAACAAACAAAACUCAGCUAGCAGUAUUUUCUCAACUGCAAAGCCAGAUAAGCUGUUGGGGAAAAAUAAAAAGAGAGCUUCACAUUAAAAAAGCAGCUGUUUACCAAAUACUUGUAUGCUGUGUGGGGAGGAGGGGUUUGGAGCAAAGCUGUAUAGAAAAUGCUGCGCUUCAGCAGUACGUCCAAAAUAGUCAGCCUGUAACUAUUGUGCCUCGCAUCCAUGUAUAUAUUCUCCAUUUCCAUCCAGCCUGGUUUGAUACACAUCUAUCCACUCUCCUGCUUUAUUUCCCAUUUUUAAAGAAUCAGUUCCUUAAUAGCCAAGAGGUGGUUGGUUGUCCUGUGUCCUCGCACGUUUUGAAGCUGUGUGCUGUUCCAAGCAGAGCAAUUGAAUAACCCUGCGUGCUUUGCCUUUUCUUCUUCCUCGUCUUAUUUCUGUAAAUACUUUUGCAACGCGCACGCUAUGACUCCAGCACCACGUUACAAGCUGGCAGCUGCCAUGAGCGGUUCUGUGGUUACUGGAUAACACGAGCAGUGGCCGGGCAAAGGAUACUGCAUUGAACGCUCGAUUCCUGGAAAAUGCAUACUGUUGCAAAAAGCAUUUUACCGUAGCACCAAAGGAUACUGGAUUCUCUGCUGCUAAUUGGCACUUUGCAGCAUGGAGAAACUAUUAUUUCUAGCUGGAUGCAUCCUUCUGGGCUUAAGAGGGGACGGUACACCCCUAUUUCACCUGUUCUCAGCAAUUCCAUGGGAAUGUUUGUUUGGUUGCUUCCAGCUUGUUCUUCCCUCUUGGCUGUCAUCCUCAAUGCCCUCCCUAAGGCUAAAGUUAUCCUGUGGCGUAGCACCAACCAUUGACUGCAAGGGGUUGAAAUGCAUAUGAAUGUUCUAAUCCUGGGACAUUCAGAUCCUAAUUCAAGCUAAAUUGAGCUAGUUGUGAUGUGCUGAGAAUGUGAUUUAAAUCAGGGAUCUAAGAUUUGUCUUACCUCAUCUAUUUGAUGAUGAUUAGAUUUAAUGAGGUGUGGGGCAUGAAGGACAAUUAACUAUUCCAUUUUGCUGUACUCUUCUUAUAUUUGUUUCUAUCCUGUUAAACACUUUGAUUACCACAGUUGUACUUCAUUGUAAAGGCAGUCACUGCCGAAGGAUUUGGCGAGGCGUGGCAGGAAUGGCAGGAAAAAGUAAUAGCGUGAAGUCAUCCCCCUAAUUAUCUGGGCAAAGCUCUCCCUUACCCCUUCAUUUUCACAUUUUUUGAAGUAUCAUUGAGGUUAAACUGCUUGAGUCUGGCUUCUCCUUUUUGUCCUUUGGGUUUUUUUUUUUUACACUUCCCUGAGUUACGUGCAAAUAAUUUCUUUCUAAGCUUCCUUACAUUUGUGCUGAUGGAGAGCAUGAAAGCUCAGUACGGUGAGUCCUGGCGAGUCAGCAGCAGACGGGAUGAUUUACCACCAACGCAAGUUGGGCCGAAAAUCUGCAAUGCUUUGCUGGAGAUACAGUUGCAAACUGAAGUUUAAAAAUAGUUUAUUGCAUUAAAUAAUAAUAAAAAAAAAAAGAGCAAAAUCUGCAGCACUCACACUUCCUAUGGCUUCCCGUAAAACAAGCGUACCUGUGAUUUCAUAUCAAGUGGACUAUGCGUUGUUCUAUACUUCAUGUCAGUGCUAACAGAAAGCAUGCUUAAGGUCUACAAGGGUGUUCAGAAAGGGAGAGAAAGGGAAUCUGGUGGCAAGUUGGAAGACAAAGAAAAUGUAUGCGAGUGAAGGAUUUGGAAAUGCGAAGAAGAAACUGGACUGCUUUGGCAAAUGGGCAGUAAAAUGUUGCCAGUUUUGGUUAUUGAUGCUGUCUUCCCGUUAUCAAGCAGAUGAGCUCUUGCAAACAGCAGUGUGAUGGUUGUAUUUGGAUGAGGGACCAUUGCUAUUUUUGGAGGAGAGAAAAGAGGAGCUACCUCCGCAGUGGUGAGGACUGGGGAACAUCAACUAGAAAACAUCACUCAAGAUUUUCAAAAUCAAGUGCCUAAAAUUAGGCUUUGAAGUCCUAAUUUAAGAACUGAGAGAGUGGCUGAUUUCCAAGAAUGCAGAGCAGCCAGGCCUGACUGUGUGUUGCGCUCAGAAGUCAGAACAAUUAUUUAGAUGUCUAUUUUAGGAUUUUUUUUGAGCUCGACUUGAGGCACUUAGAUUUGAUAAAUGGGAUCUGUUAUUUCAGGGAGUUCUGGAGAAGAAGGAUAAAAGCUGAAGCCUCCUGCUUAAGGAGAACGGGCUCCUACUGUAUUGAGCAUUCAGCCCAAAUUGUUUUGUUGCUGUUGUUCGGUUUGUUGACAAAAGGGCACAAGCCUUCAGGUUUUACUGACUGGUUGUUGGAACUGGAAACUGAAAUUUGGACCUGGAAAACAAAGGAAAAAAAAAAUCAACAAGAAAAUGUGACCAAGAAUUCUUAAAUCAACUUUUGGCAUAAAACCUCCAAAAUGUGUUUUCUGUUGAAAGCGUAGGAGAAGAAUUUCCCUUGAAUGGAAUGAGCUAGUAAAACACUUCAGUAUUUAGCAGCUCUUUAGUCAUGAUGUUCAUUAGAAGGGCAAGUUCCCACUGCUGCAUGAGAAACACUGACACAUUAAUAAAACAUCCUGAGAAAAAAACACAUCUGAGUGUAGCCUUUGGCCUGUGCUUUCAGCUGCCAAGGAUCACUUGUGCCCAAGCUGAGCAUCGCAAUAGCAUUCCAGUUUUUCCACCUGCACUGUAUUGAGUAUGUGUGUGAAGUGCUAUAAAUAGACAAAGCACACAACCCAUUCUGUAGAUGUCUAAAACCCCUAUUUAGAUAAGUCCAGAGGACUUGUGAAGAAACUAAUAUUCUUAUGAUAGGCUUUGAUCUGGUUGGAGCAACGUGAAACUAUAGCCUUUGUUAUGUUUGUGUUGCGGACUUGGAAGGCCAGUAAUUCAAAGGGCCUGGGAACGGUUGUAUGAAAAUCAGAGUUCCCUGGAAUUGCCUAAUAGCUUUAAAAGUACGAGAAGGGUCAAGAACGUCAUCUCUCGAUUUGUUUGUUACUUCUUUGAUACAGUGCUCGCUACUACAAGAAGGUGAAGGCUUAGUUAAAGUCAUCUCUACUCUGUGCUUCCUGUUAAUAUCUUCUGUCCUCCUAGGAUAGAGGCUUCGUGCUCUUCUCUACUCUGGUUACAAUCCUCCCCAUAGAAUCUCUACUUCAGUGUGCUCAUCCUGGGCCUGUUAGUGCCUCAUGCAGCUUGCCUCGGCCAGGGCAGGUGAUGCUGUGCAAGUAGCUGCAGCAGCCAAGGCCACAGCCCCUUGCCUGCCAGCUUUAAACUUCAUCUCCUUUUCAGAAAUCAAUGGUUGUCUGCAUUUUCUAUUGCUUUACAAAGUGUUCUUGUAACAUACAAUCUGUAGUGGGUACUUUAUAGCCCAGCAAUACCCUAUCUCUGCUUAUAGCAUGCAAGCCAUAGAAGAGGUUGAAUAUAAGCCAAGGAAACAGACAUUGGGUACUUUGAAAUGACAACCGGGAAUGAUGACACAUCUCUUCCUGGUAUGAACAAAUCAGCAGUGUUCAUGUUUCUUUUUUUCUUUCUUUCUUCUGGGAGUGGAAAGAUGUUUAUGUUUUCACUGGGACUGAGUUUCUUCCAUCAUCUGAUGAGACCUUCGUCCUUCCGUCUCUCCCAGCUUGUUAGCAGUUCUGGUUUCUGCUGGACUUUUGUGGCAUAACACAAAGUGGUAUCUCAUGGCCUUCAUGUGUGCCAAUGGCUUCUAUCCAAUGCUGGUAGUAGCCUCACAGUGCCCUGAAAUAAGACUUUUAAUAUAUUGGUCACCUGGGAGUGGGUAGAUGCCUGAGUUCUUCAGAGUUCUGAUCAGACAUCUGGCAAUUUCAUAUAUGGCAUUAGCUUGUCUUAAUACUUGUAAAGAAUUUCACAGUAACAGUAGCAGAAAUGGAUCUGGGUACAUCACAGACUUCUUUUUUGCUAGAAGCCUUAAUGGCUUUUUUAAUGGAUUUCCAAACUCUGCUCACUUACCAUUCUAAAAAUGAUAGGGAAAGAGUAAGAAAGAGCUGUUUUCAUUCUGCUGAACGUAAUUGAUAAAGUCAAGUAAUGAGGAUGGAUCCUUUCUUCAUUUAUGAAGAUCAUUCUUGACCUUGAUGAGGCUUAUUUGGGAGCACUACCGUGACUUUUCUGUGUACUAGGAGAGCAAUUAAAAUACAAUGCAUUUUUCAGAGUGUAGUGGAGGUCUGGUUUCUGUCCUUUAGUGGGAAUACCCAUAAAUUCCGAGGAAUCCUCUGUGUGCCUAUAUGGAAGAUUCUCCAGCAUCUGUAAAAAUCAGUUUUUUUGUUUUAUUUUGCUUACAACACCGGAUCCUUGUUUUCCUAGAUUAAAUAUUUGGACCUUAAGGAGUAAAGCCUAUUGUAGGUCCUGAACCUGAGCACUCCUAGAUUCUGAUCCAGCCUGCCCUGGUGUUCUGGGGUCCUACUGCACCAAUAAAAUAUGGUAGCAGAGAGGAUGGUUCAUUUCCUGUCCGCUGUAGGAAGGCAAGUUAGAGAAAAUGAUGUAUAUGAAAAUACCUGUUUUAGAAAGCAGAGGGUGACAUAAUUGGGUAAUUGUCUUUCUCACUUCAGGUACCAGUGGUGCCUUGCUGUGGUAUAUGACUCCUCGGUAAAGGAGCACUGUAGUUAUCUAUUCAUGUAUACGGUGAGCUGCAGGAUUUAUUUGCAGUAUUAGGAAACCUGCUGUCACAGUGUUUCAAAUAGCAACUGGUUUAAUUUUUUCUGGAAGUUGAUAUUCCUCUGAAUUGGGAAACUAUUCUAAUUAAAAAAGAACCCUUGUAGUUGCUGCAGUUGAAGCAGUGUUUAAUGUUGUGCAGUUGUUGGCAGCAGACUUGAUGCAUUUUCACAUGACCCCCCUCUGGAACAAAAGCAGAUUGUUUCACUCUGUUUUUGUAUUAUACAAAUGAGUUCCUUUUGAAACAAUUUCUUUUUUUUUUCCUGCAAAUUCUGGAAAUUGACACCAGGUGUAGUUCUUCCUCCACUGUGCCUCUUACGGUAUGCUGUAUAAUAACCGUGGAACAAAAGCUACCUGGGGCAGCAGCCCUCCUAGGUGAGACCUCUGCAAAAAGCCUCCUUUUGGGAGUGAGUUCUUACAGUUUUAUGUAAGGAUUAAACAUGGAGUUUCCUUUCUUUCCUUCUUUGCUAUAUAUAGCUUGGUGUGAUUUGUUUCUACUUUCUGAGUUGUUUUCAUAUCUGAAUUUUCUUUCAAUGUCCAGCAAAAAAAUAAUAAAUAGUAAGUCAGUUAUGAAUUGAGCUCAGUUUGUGUAACAAAUCCUUGGUUUUGAAUCAAACUCUACCAUCUCAGGUAUUCCCCUUCAUAGCGUGAAGCUGAAGUUAGAAGCAAGUUAUGGUUUAUCAGAUGAAUGUGUAACUAAAUGGUUAUUGGAUCAAAGGAGCAACUGAUAAACUAAGUGAGGGUUUCAGACAACAAAAUAAAUAAUCAGCUGCAGAGUGAGCACUUUUCCUCUGGGGAUAUUUAAUAGCUAACUGGUUAAAGAAUGAAGCUUGCUCUGGAUCAUUUUCUUACUUUUCCUUGGAAAUCGGGUACUUAUUUCUAAAACUCUUCCUGAUGUUCAUGCUUCUGAUAGCGUAGCCUUCUCAGUUAGAUGUCAGUGCUCCUAGGAUACCAGCGUGCCACUAAGCACACAUAAAUUGUGUCGUAAUUGGUGCUGCAAAGCAAUUUAAAAGUGUAUGUUCUUGUGAAGUGGAUACUUAUUUGGACCAGACUUCUUCAAAAUUCUGAAUGGGGAAAUAAAACUGCCAUGAAUCUAGACUACAAAAGACUUUUGACUUUCCUCGUUAUUUUAAUUGAGUUCUUGUUUUUUGGGCUUUGGUUUUUUCUUACAGUGACCAGAUUUCAGGGAAGUUUCUGUGUCUUUGUGUAGUUCAAAACAUUAGAAAUGGCUUUGUGUGCACAGAUUAAUAAAGUCCUCUCCUCUGUGUCCCUGAAAAUGCAGUGGGUAAAGAUGGGCUUGGGGCACAGCCAGAAAUCCUCUACGAGCGCUGGAGCCUCAAAGUUACAAUGUGGUGGAAAGGAUGUGGGAUUAUACAGAACAACAAGUGAUGUAAAUACAUUCUUGUCCAUUUAAUUCUCCUGGUGUCGUGGGAAGUAGAAGCUGAAAUGAAAUUGAGGCCCUGCCAGUCCUGCAAACAGCCAAGGAGGUGGAGUGGGCCCCAGCCCUGCUUGGGGGUGUGCAUGAGGCCCUGCACACCGCAUCUCCUUGGUAUCCUGUUCUCUGUUCUGCUGCCCUCAGGAGAAAUUGAGGCGUCAGUGCCAGCUGACCUAUUUAUUUAACUUGUGUCAAUCAGAAAUAUCUUAAAGGCGGUGUUCUAACAGGUAAAAGUAAGAUGUUUCCUUAGCUAGGGAAAAACAAAAACCCAAAAACAAACAAGAUGAACUUCUUUGUUGUUAGCAAUAUACGAACUUGAAAACUUGCAUAGUGGUUUCAUUUUUCACUGUGUGUUGACUUCUUAUGGGUCGCUGGUAUUAUUUCCGUGUAACUAAAAAUUGCUGUUAAUGUGAGUACUUAAGGGGAGAGAAACAUCAAGAGGUGAAAAUUAUCCUGCUGAAAAAGGGCAAAAUUAUUUUAAUGAAAGCUCUGUACAGGUAUUAUAAUUUGAAGAAAUUGGAAGGAAUUUCGCGUAGAAAGGAGAAAAUGGUGUGUGUAUAUAUUUAAGGCAAAAAGAAAGCUUCUUCUUAUAAGAAUUACAUGAGUGUCUCAGGGGGGGCUACACAGAUGAAGGAGGGUCUGGAGGACGAGAGGUGUGAGGAGCACUGAGGUCCCUCGGUGCGCUCAGCCCAGAGCAGAGGAGCUGAGGGGAGGCCUCAUGGCGGCUGCAGUUCCUCACAGGGAGAGGAGGGGCAGCGCUGAGCUCUGCUCUCUGUGACAGCAACAGGGCCCGAGGGAACGGCGUGGAGCUGUCAGGGGAGGGGCAGCCGGGGUUAGGGACAGGGUCUGCACCAGAGGGCAGUGGGCAUGGAACAGGUUGCCUGCCCAGGGCAGUGUGCGCGGCCCUGAGCGGAUGGAGCUCAAGGAGCAUUUGGACAGCACUCUCAGACAGAGUUUGAAUUUUGAGUGUUUCUGUGUGGAGCCGGGAGCUGGACUCCAGAUCCUUAUGGGUCCCUCCUCUGUCUGAGGGGUGUUAACUUCGUAAUAGUUUGCCACUAAGGAAGUUGUGGAAAUGAAGAUCUUCACGCUGUGAAUUGCCGUAUUUUCCUUCCUUGCCUGUGCAACACUCUGUUAUUCCAUAGCUGCUCAUCUGUUAGUUUUGUGGGCUAUUAAUCACAGCUGUAAUCAGUCACCUAUUCACAAAGUGAUAGCCAGUUUUCACAUUUUUUCUUCCCUUCCUCCUCCCCGGUGAAUGUUGCCAACUAUUUGGAGUUCUUUGUUAAAAUAGCUUCAUAGUAUUUAUUUGGGAAUUUCAAUGUUGCCGUUUUUUUCAAGAUUGUAGAAUGGAACGUCUGGAUAAAACAAUCAAUAGCUACCUGGAUGUUUGGCUUGGACCCAGAGAUCCCAGAGUAAAAGGAUGGCUUCUUCUGGAAAAUUACACACCUACCUUUAUCUUCUCAGUCUUGUACUUACUAAUCGUAUGGCUAGGACCAAAGUACAUGCGGAACAAACAACCAUUCUCAUGCAGGGGCAUUCUAGUGGUCUACAACCUUGGACUCACACUGCUUUCUCUGUAUAUGUUUUAUGAGUUGGUGACAGGAGUAUGGGAAGGAGGAUACAAUUUCUACUGUCAGGAUACACACAGUGGAGGUGAAGCUGAUAUGAAGAUCAUACGUGUCCUCUGGUGGUAUUAUUUCUCCAAACUCAUUGAGUUCAUGGAUACCUUCUUUUUCAUUUUGCGGAAAAAUAAUCAUCAGAUCACUGUCCUGCAUGUCUAUCACCAUGCAACGAUGCUGAAUAUUUGGUGGUUUGUUAUGAAUUGGGUGCCUUGUGGUCACUCUUAUUUUGGUGCCACACUGAACAGCUUUAUCCAUGUCCUCAUGUACUCCUACUAUGGAUUGUCGGCUGUUCCAGCGAUGCGUCCUUAUCUGUGGUGGAAGAAGUACAUCACUCAGGGGCAGCUGAUUCAGUUUGUCCUGACAAUCUUCCAGACCAGCUGUGGUGUUGUUUGGCCGUGUGCGUUUCCUCAGGGGUGGCUGUAUUUCCAGAUUUUUUAUAUGAUUUCUUUGAUUAUCCUCUUCACAAAUUUCUACAUUCAGACUUACAACAAGAAGGCGUCCUCGAGGAGGAAAGAGUAUCAGAAUGGCUCUACAGCCACUGUGAACGGGUACACAAACAGCUUUUCUUCCCUUGAGAACAAUGUGAAACAAAGAAAACAAAGGAAGGAUUGAAGACCAAACUGAAAAACCAUUUUGAUAACCCCAACAACAAAAUCAUCUGAUUGUAAAAGCACAAUAAGAGUUGUGCACUAAUACUCUAAUGGCUACUGUAACUAUUCCUGCCUAGAAUAGUGUGACUUAUGUAGGACUUAACCAGUGCAAACACCCUAGAAACUGUAUACAGAACAUAAAAGUAGGUUGAAGUUUAAAAGUAAUUCUGGGCUGUCACUGACCCCGCUAUAGACUGUGGAAGGGAGUAUUAUUGUAGUAUACGACACUGCUGUUGCCUUACUAGUCAAUACGAUAGGUGCUGAAUUAUGAUUCACAAUUUGAAAACACUGUAAUCUAAACUCCAUUUUUUUACUGUAGAUCAUGCAUGUGAUUGUAGAGGUGAUUUGUAUGAUGCUGGUUUCAGUAGUUAAACACACAUGCCUUAAAUUAAAAAGCAGGGCCCAAAGCUUACGACUGGUUUAAAAAUUAGGGUAUGUUUCAACUUUUCAGUUGGCUGACUUUUUAUUAAAAAGUCAUGUAGAAGAAUCCAUUAUCAUUUUACUGGUCUGUAUGCGAUACGCAGCGUUCGGUAUCUCUUACGUGAUGCAGUGAAAUUAGAAAUGGUGCAUUUAGUUUUGUAUAUUUGGCUUUAACUGGCUAAACGGUCACAAACCAGAUGGAAGAGUUAUUUUACCUUUUUAAUAGAUCUUAUUUUUUUAUUUGAAGUAUGUCACUACUGUAACAUUAAUUGGCUCUUGCUCAGUCCAGUAAGACUUACAUAGUUGUCUCUGAGGUUUAGGGUAUAGACAGGGUGGACCCAUCUUUUAUUUUCUCUUUCUUAUUUCUGGGAAUUCUUAAAUGCUAAAUGAAGAGUGGUUUUUAGUAUGGAAACUGGCAGAAUUUCAAGUGUUGUUACCACAGCCAUAUCCACACUUUAAGAGCUACUGUUUCAAUCUGUAACAUAUCCAGAAGUGUAUUUAAAAACGAAGACGGGAGGGCGCUUUUCUGAUGGAGUCGUCUGUGUUUAAGUUGGUAUCCGUGUUGGUCUUCAUGUAGCAUACGUUCAUUCUUCAAAUGUGCCUAACAAGCAUCUGUUCCCAAACGAGCAAAAUUAAAUGGUCUAAGUCAUACGUAAUGUUUUUUAAGUGUUACUGAAAUGUGCUGGAGAUGUCUGUUUCUGUAGUGUGAGCUGUGUUUGUCACCAGUAACGUCUUGGCUUGUUAUCUGAGGAUUUGUUUAGAGAGCUUCUAAAGUUGCUCCUGUAAGAUGUUGCCUUGCACACAUGAGGAGCCAGCUGCAAAGCUGAGAUCUGCUGCUGGGAUGUUACUCUGGUAUCUGCCUGGUGGAGCCUGGCUUAUGAGUAUCUCAUUCUUCAAGCUCUGAGAAAUGGAAUUGUGCAAGAUGUUCGGUUGGUUAUUGCUCAAGUUUAGCUAUUUUUGAUAUUUAUAUAAACGCCAGUUUUAACUUGUUUAAUUUUUCUUUUUUUAAAUUAAAUCUUUUUAAAAUUUUUUGCACAUCUCUUAGGGAAUUAAUACGUUUUCCUGCUAGCCUUGUGGGUUUUCAUUCCUUGUUUUGAAGGAGACAGUGUCCGUCAUGUUUACAUUAUCGAAGCUCGUGUGUGUGUCUUCAUUUCUAGGUACUGGUUUGCAGAGUCUUUACAUAGCUCAGUACAGCAGCUAUACUGUUCAAAAUAGGCUGUCUAAAUGUGCUAGAAAUAAACUCUUGGCUCAUCUGAGUAUACCUACGUUGUUAAUGUUUGACAUGGUUUAAUCAUUAAAACACUUUUGAUGA